AUGGGGUCCCCGGGCGCGGAGGGCGCAGGCAAGAGCCUGCAGUACCGCGUGGACCACCUGCUGAGCGCCGUGGAGCACGAGCUGCAGGCGGGCAGCGAGAAGGGCGACCCCACGGAGCGGGAGCUGCGCGUCACGCUGGAGGAGGCCGAGCUGUGGCUGCGCUUCAAGGAGCUCACCAACGAGAUGAUUGUCACCAAGAACGGCAGGCGGAUGUUCCCGGUGCUGAAGGUGAGCGUGGCCGGCCUGGACCCGCACGCCAUGUACUCCUUCCUGCUGGACUUUGCGGCAGCCGACGGGCACCGCUGGAAGUAUGUGAACGGUGAGUGGGUGCCAGGUGGCAAGCCCGAGCCGCAGGCGCCCAGCUGCGUCUACAUCCACCCUGACUCGCCCAACUUUGGCGCGCACUGGAUGAAGGCGCCUGUCUCCUUCAGCAAGGUCAAGCUCACCAACAAACUCAACGGCGGUGGGCAGAUCAUGUUGAACUCCUUGCAUAAGUAUGAGCCUAGGAUUCACAUAGUGAGAGUUGGUGGCCCUCAGCGAAUGAUCACCAGUCACUCUUUCCCAGAGACCCAAUUUAUAGCUGUGACGGCUUAUCAGAAUGAGGAGAUCACAGCUUUAAAAAUUAAAUAUAAUCCAUUUGCAAAGGCUUUCCUUGAUGCUAAAGAAAGGAGUGAUCACAAGGACAUGAUGGAUGAAGUGGGAGACAAUCAGCAGUCUGGAUAUUCCCAAUUAGGUGGUUGGCUUAUUCCUGGAACUGGGACAUUGUGCCCCCCUACCAACCCUCACCCUCAGUUUGGAUCACCUUUAUCACUCUCUCCUGCUCACAGUUGUGAAAGGUACUCAUCGCUGAGGAAUCACCGUUCUGCCCCUUACCCCAAUCCAUAUGCCCAUAGAAACAACUCUCCAACAGCCUAUGCUGAUAAUUCCUCUGCCUGCCUUUCCAUGCUUCAACCCCACGACAAUUGGUCUAGUCUAGGAGUUCCCACCCAUACAAGUAUGCUACCCAUGAGUCACGGCACCGGCACAUCCACUAGCUGCAGUCAGUAUCCCAACUUGUGGUCUGUUAGUAACAGCACCAUCACACCGGUAUCGCAGUCCAGUGGGAUGUCCAAUGGACUGAGCUCCCAGUUCUUGCGUGGCUCUGCAGCGCACUACCCACCCCUCCCUCACUCAGUCACGGCUUCCUCCUCAGGAUCUCCAUUGUUUGACGGCGGCACACCAACAGACAUUCCUGACAGCCAGUAUGAUACUUCAACACAUGCAAGGCUAGCAUCCACCUGGACUCCCGUCACACCACCCUCCAUGUAGACCAAGAGUUUCUGUUUGAGACACAGACUUUCUAGCUGUUAAGUAACUUAAUACUGAAUCCACAAUGAAGUCUUGGGGAGGGGAAAAAAGAGACGUGAAGUAAAUUACAGGCAAAGUACUGCACUACUUUGGUGUAGAGCAACUGAGUUACGCUUCUUACAGUAAACACUGCAUCAUAGGGACCUUUUGAGUGCAAUUCUCAUAUGAUAAAUUUCACUGCUCUCCCUUUUUAAAAAAAGGAAAUAUAUUUUAAUCCUUUUCAGUUUGGCAGAAAUGGCCCAAACCAACUAAUUCUGACCCGUAUUCCACAGUUCUCAGUGUUCGGGGGUAUUUGGAUCUGAGGAUUUUUUUUCCUGGCCAUCUUGACAGUUUUGUCAAAUAAGAUGCUUCAUAUCAACAUGUAGCUAACUUUUUUGGUUUUGAGAUUAGCUGUAGUCUUGAGACAGUUUUUAUUAAGUGCGUAAUUAGUCAUUCUCAAAUCAACCCACAUUUAUUUAAAGAGUAAAAUUUGGACAACUGUGUGCACUAAUACGUAUUUGUCUUGUGAAUACGUGGUGUUCCUAUAGUUAGUUGUAUUCUUACUUCCUUGCUGCUGAAUUAAGUGAUAAAGACAAUCAGCAAGAACUAUUUUCUGCCUAAUAAAUGCAAUAUUAAAAUUUUGGUCUAAUUGUCUUUACCUCAGAUGCUCCCUUUAAGGUAAGUUUGGUCAUAUAGAUAACAAACAGCUGUCAGGCUAGCUACAUUUCUGCAUUUCAAACAGCUGUAAUCUAAUUAAGGGCCCUAUCCAUAGCCCUUUGAAGUCAAUGGAGAAACUUUCAUUGACAUUUAUGGUCUUUGGUCUGGGCCCUAAAUGAGAGAAAAAAGGAAAGUCAAUAGCAAAAGGUUCUUUCUAAUUUAUUUUUAGUUUAGUCUUGUACUCUGAUCUAUAUUUAUUAUUUGUUAGAAUGUGACCUUGUUUUGUACAUGUUAAGCUAUGUAUAUAAUCUGUCAGUAUGCUGUGUACCUUAAGACAAUCAUAUGUGGAUCAUGCCACCCAAUGGCAUGUUGAAAUAGUUUGGAUUCAAGUAGUUAAGUUAUUCUACAAGGGAAAACCCCAAGUGUCAGUAAUUUGGAUGGGGCUAUAGAUAUAAGCCUUAAGUACAGUGACUAUUUGUCUUCCCUAGAAGAUUAGAUCAUAAUAGAAUAUAUCCUUGAGGAUUCACGUGAAUUAUCACACCCUAAUCUUCUCAUGUAGAUAAGCACCAAAUGUUGGGUCAAGAUAUACUCUUGGAUGUGUACAUGCUGCUCUCAUUGAAUUUAACAAACACAUAUCCUAGGGUAGAAUUUGACUAUCUUCUUGUGUAAGCCAUAACAAAUAAAUGCCUUUAUAAUGAAGUGCCUCAAGUUGGAAAGUAGAAUUCUAAGUCAGGGGAUGCAUUAAAUAUUUAAUCCAAGUGUGUUCAGGUGCUAUAAUGGCAGCUUAAUGAUGAAAACACAAAUAUUUGCUACAUUUUGGUCUCUUAGGAACUGAUCCUGCAGCUGGAGCUAUGUGGUUUUAUGUCACCCAAGGCCCCAUUGACAUAUGUGGGGUUCUGUGUCAGGUAAAGGGGUAUGCCCAGGCAGAUCCAACUGCAGGAUUUGGGCUUUGAUAUUCUAGCAAGCCAAUAAUAAGAGACAGCACCAGCCUCUGAUGGCUGUCAGACUAUGACCUCCGUCAAUAUUGUAAAUAUUGACCUAAGCUCUCUUAUUUUAUUGUGAAAGUGAAUCAUGUA